AUGCUCUUCUUCUUCUUCUUUAUUUCUAUCUUUCUUUUCUUUUCUUUCUUUCUGUCUUUAUUUUUUUUCCAACGAUUUUGCUUCUUCUUUUUCUUCUCUAUCCUUUUUUUUCUUCGUUUCCUUUCUCAUCACACUUUAAAACAUAUUCUUCUUCUUUUUCUUCUUCUUCUUCUUCUUCUAAACUGUGGUUUCUUUCUUUCUUUUUCACAAUUUUUUUUCCUUCUAUUUUUACUCUUUACAUUUUUGCUUUUUUUUCUUCAUUUUCGUCCAUGUAGUCCACCUCCUCCUUUUAAUUAUUUCUCUUUUUUAUCUUUUAAUUUUCCCUUUCAUUUAUUUUUUCUUCGAUAUCUCUCGUCUCUUUCAUUUAUUUUCAAACUUCUUUAUUUUUUUCUGCGUUCUCUCCUACUCCAUGUAAUUUUUUAUCAUCACCCUCUCUCUCUCUCUCUCUCCCCUCUCUAUCUCUCUCCUUCUCUUUCUCCCUCUCUCUCUUAUUCAUUGUCGUCUAUCUGGCCUUUAUAUACCACGCAUAGAACGUUUGUCUUUUUAUCUUCUCUUUAUCAACACUAUUUCCUUUUCUUAGCUUUUUUUCCUCUCUCCCCUUCCUUUACAACUUCUGUCUCUAUCUCUUCCUCUGACUCCUUUUUAUCUUUUUCUUUCUUUUAUCAUCACCUUCUCCCUCUUUUCUUUCUUCUUUCUUUACCUUCUUUAUUCGUCUCUUCCAUUCUAUAA